UCGAGUUGCCCGUCGGGUUCUUAUUGGUUGGUAGGGUGUUGUCAUGGCAACCGUUUUGGCAUGUUCCAACAACAAAAGUGGACGCUCUGUAACGUGUAGUUUAGAGAUGCAGUCCGGGUUCAGAGCCCGUGCAGUGUUGCCGACUGUGUAUCAAUUGUAAGGUUUCUGCUUCACGUCUCGUCACCAGCAUGUGUCCGUCUCCGACCCGCAAAGAAGUCUGACCCCAGUAGAUGAAGUCAGAUGUCGACCCAGUGAUGACGUCAACAGUGGCUGAAAGCCCUGCCCGCUAUGAAGGCUCCAACCCGCAAGCUGUUACUACGCCUUCCAGACCAGUUUCCCCUAUGAACACUAUCGGCGAAGGUGCGACGCCCCUCAUGUACGCCUGCCAGCAAUCCAGGGACCAAGAUGUGAGGAACAUCCUCGCCAAAAAUCCGGGCGCAGCCACGGAACGAGACCGAACUAUGAAGACGGCACUGCACUACUGUGCAGAGAGCGCCUCCCUCACGUGCGCAGACAUGAUCCUGUCAGCAGCACGUGACCUGGUGGACGCUCGAGACGAAGACGGCUACACGCCCAUCCACCUGGCGGUCAUCGCGGGAAACAGGCCCCUCAUCAAGUUCCUAAUGUCCAAAAAUGCAGAUGUCAACAGCCUUGACUAUGAGAGGCAUUCCGUGGUCCACUGGGCAACUGUGUGUGGGGAAGUUGAGGCCCUCGAGCUGGUCCUAGACGCUGGGGCCAAUCCAUCGACUCCUGACAUCCAUGGUGGCUACCCUAUCCAUUACGCCGCUCAGAUGUGCGGACCAAACUCUGAGAUGGGCAACGACGUCAGAUUUGGACUGGCGGUGUUACGUAAACUACUCGCAAAAGGUGUGGAUGUCAACGUUAGGGACAAAGAUGGCCGACAACCGAUUCUGUGGGCAGCAAGUGCAGGCAGCGCGGACGCCAUCUUGGCCCUCGUGAACGCCGGAGCAAAUGUGGAGGCUGACGACAAGGAUGGACUAACAGCUCUGCACUGCGCGGCCAGCAGAGGACACACCGACUGCUUGGAGACGCUGGUGACUCUCUGCGGCGCAGAUGUGGACGUCAUAGACAGCAACGGAUGCACUGCGCUAUUCUAUGCCGUGACGCUGGGACACGCCGACUCGACACAGCUGCUACUCAGCUUCGGGGCUGAGCCCAACCGACAGGACCGCAAGGGGAGAACGCCUGCGCACUGCGGAGCCGCUAAGGGCCAGCUAGAAACGUUGCGCAUCCUAGGGACUCACGGCGCCAACCUCUGGGUGCGUAACGUGAGAGGAGACUACCCGCUGCACGAAGCCGUCGUAUCAGGUCGCAAGGACUUGGUGCGUUGGUUGCUCACCCAGAGACCUGAAGCAGUCAACUCGCCCAACAACGACGGCCGCUGCCCGUUGCACAUCGCGGCCAUCAACAACAACGUGGAGAUGUGUAAGAUUCUGCUGGACAGCCAGGCGCUGCUAAACCCUGUCAUGAGGACCAGCAAGGGUCAGCUGAUGACACCCAUAGACGCGGCUCUUCAUCGGGGCAACAGGGGUUGCGCCAAGUACCUGCAGUUACACGGGGGGGUCCCUGCCAGCAAGCUCACGGAGAAGUCGGCGCGCCUGCGCGGCGGAAACCAAAGGGGUGCAAUGUCCGAAACACAGUCAGAGCAAUUCACAACCCCGGAGUUCGCCGCGACCCUGUCCCUGCCAGGAGGACGGACCUCGCUAGGGACGAGCCCUCUCGGUGAACACGUUGCAGCCCUGAACGAUACGAGCAGAAGAGUGGACGGCAGGACACUUCAGGUAAGAAUGAAUGAUGACGUUGCGAUACGUCACGUGGAGCGAAUCGAUGCCCCUGUGAUCUACACACAUCGCAGAUUUGACGAUGACAGCAGCGCAGAAGAACGCACGCAAAGACGGAGGAGACGGAGACGCAGAGAGCGCCACAGGACUGACUACGUUGACGACGUCGACAGCGAAACCGUCGAAGAAGAUCCAAGACGACGGAGGAGGGGCGUCAGAAAAACUGGCGGACUUAGUGACAGUGCUGAGAGUGACGUGAGGAAACGCAGGCGAAAAAGACGGGACGACGAAUUUAGCGAUGACAGGGAUAGUGGAAGUGAAAGGCGAAACAGGAGAAGGUGGAGAAGAAGAGGAGGGGGUAGGAAAACGUUCAGCGAAAUUAGUGAUGAAGACGAAGCGGAUGUGGCAGAAGACGCCAGCGAUUCAAAUUGGGCCAGGAAUAAGAAACGACGCGGCGAGAAAGCGGAUAAGUCAAAAAGAAGAUCGAAAAGUAAAGAAGAAUCAGAGGAAGAUGACAGCGAUGUGGAGUAUAUCACGGUGAAAAGAACUACUACUAGGAACAGGAAGACAGUAACAGACGAAGAGCAAGAUACGAAAAUAGAAGGACAUUCUGAAGAAUGUAGCGAAACAUCGAAGACAGAGAAAGUCACUUCUACGAAAGCGAGGACGAACUCGAGGAAAGACGAGAACAGUAAAUCGAAAGAGGACUCGAACAUCGUACAUAAAGUAGACCCACGACAGAGUAAGAAAAAGGAAGUGGCAACACAGAAGAACACGAGGAGAAGACAAGAAACCACGAGUAAUAACAGCAAAACCGAAAUUGAACGUAAAGUUGUAGAGAGAAAUAAAGGGAAAACAAGCAACAAAGUCACAACAAAAGAAAAAUCAACAACACAAAAGGCAACUGAAGAAACAAGAGACAACGACACUACGAAAAAAUCGUCCACUAAGAAAAUUAUAAGAAAAGGGGUUAAACAGGUGAACACAGCGGUCGGAACUGAAAUACUUGAUAAAGUUGUGGAGGAAGUAACAGUGGAGGAGAGAGGGGUGGAGGCAGAAGAGAAGAGAGAGAGAUACAGAGAGUCACAGGCUCCUGAAUCUCUCGAUGAAACAGACGGCGUGACACGGACGGUGGUAACCGCGUUAAUACAUCAACUGGACGAAGAAUGCGGCACCGAGGUAUCGCGUGGGGACGAGACGGCGGAUUUGGGCGAGAGACGAGGAGAUGGACGGCGGAAUGACGACGACGACGACGACGUCGCCCUGGUGACUGAAGAAACGGAGGAACAGAGACAGAGCGGGGCGGAGCAGGCAGACAAAACGUCCGAGGAACGAGGCGACCAACAAUCCAGAGAAGUGGAUGAAAGCGUGGGGAACGUAACAACGAAAGAAAGAGAAACUGAAGCCAAAAUUGAAGAAGGAGGUGAAGAUGAAAAGUCAGAAACAGCAUCUAGUCAGGAGAGAGGAGCUGGAGCAACGAACGAGGGUCAAAGCGAAGAAGUUGUUUCCCAUGGGACAGGCGGUGAAACGGAGAUUGAUAAUGACAGAAGAAAGGCCGAAGACGAAAGGGAAGGUUACUGUGAAACAGAAGGCGAAGAAGGUGGUGAUGAAAGAGGAAAGACAAAAGGCGUUGUAGAGGAAGAAAAGGAGGAUGGAGGAGGCGAGGCGAAGUCAGAAGAGAAGACGACGAGUGAACAAGUAGAAAGUGGGGGUUCACAAACAGAUGACGAAACUAAAGACAGCAGGGCCAGCGCUCAGGAGCUGACGACAUCUUCACCUCUAGAAAAGGAAGAAGGGGCUGAGAAGGAAGUGAACGCUGAAUCGGGAGCAUCAACCUCGCGCAGUCGGAAUGGCGGAGACUCGUCGGUGUUGCUGGACUCGGGAUUUGAACCCUCGCCACGUCGAGACAAGGGCCCCAAGACGACCAUCAACAGCAGCAAGCAGCAAACACGGAGCGCGCGAGGGCCACGAGGCCCCUCGAGGGGCAGAGGGCGUGGUCGGACUCCCAGGCCGUGUCGAACCGACGACGAGCAGCCGGUGACUACGGUGUCGGUCACCCAGGCCGUGCAGAGAAGCAUGCGCAAGUACCAGCUGGAGCGACGUAUCUUCCAGGAACUCCUGGAGCUGAAGAGGUUGCAAAUCCGGGCCGGAAGGGCCAACGAGCAAGUUCUUGUGAAGCGCCUAGUGGACGACUACCACAAGGCCGGCCUUACGGUCGGCAUGAGGCAGUACGAUGGCGCGUACACCUUCCGCAACUUUGAGAAGUACCUCUACGGUAGGCUCCAUGCAACGGCCAAGCAAUUUCACCAAUUGAGAGUCCUCCAGAGCUCGGACAGGCGUUUAAUCCCUCGUUUGAAAUCAUCGGACGACCUGGAGAAGCUGACUGCAGCACUUCGACGCGCGCGGUUCAACAGCGCGUACCUUGACGACAUUCCAGACAACCCGAUAUUAUGUACACACGGUACCCAUCGUUGCCACCACGCCGCGCAUGCGUACACUGGCGUUCCCUGCGCUGCAUACGUACCGAAACUGAACCACCAGCACGCACCCAAGACCGGGCACACCGGUUCGUCCAGAGGCGGCUUCUUACCCAUCAUAGACCCCAACGUUAGGGGCGUUUCUGCAGUCACUCGUCCUCUUCGCUACGUGGACCCGGCCCGUCCCGUCACCCUGGAGCUAAGCCACGGGUCGGACAAACAGGUGAUUUCCUUACCCACUGACCGACUGGACCGCAACAAGCGGUACUACGUCACCUUCACCAUCAAAGGGGGUCCCAACGGCUCCAAGGAGGACAAACAGGCAGAGACCUCAGAGGAACAUGUCGACCUCAGACACAGGCACGCCAAGAGCCUGUGAGGACAGACAGACAGACAGACAGACUGAGGAAGGGCUGUAAACUCUGAAGGGUUCCGUGCUGCUUCGUUUACGGGAUGUCUCGGACUACGACUGGCUGUAAUCACUGACAUUCCUCAGUCACUCCAGACAAAUGCCAAGACAGUCCCCAUGAAAUACGCGAGGGCAAUUUUGUUCUGGGUUAUAACGCCGGUAGAUACCAACGUUUCGGAGGAACAUUCUGUCUCGAUAUUUCAGCCCUGAAGAUGGAGAAAGUAUGUCCCUCCAAAACGUCGAUAACUACCUACGAGUCCACACGAUUUUACAACCCAGAAGACAUCAUCUUCACCGCCGUGAGAACCUCGAAUGGCAUGGAGAGUUUACUUCCACAACCCAUCCAGUUCAAUUCAUCAUUCACGAAUCAUCGAAUCCUUCCGACUCAAUGUCCACAGCGCUGGCCAUUUUUGAGAUUUAAGUCCAUCGCAACGAAUAAGUUAAACUUCAUAAUCGUUUUAUUUUUAUUAUUCUUUUAUUUUAUAGCGUGGUGUGAUUUAACAAAUAAACAACUAUACACUAAAAUUAAUAUAUUAGUUAUAAAAGCCUAACAAGUAAUUGGAUACGCAUAAACAUUAAUCUCUCCCCAUGACUGAGCCACGGGUGUGAUUAGGGUACACCCCGUUUGUGCCAGUGCCCAUACGAAAUUAGACUGGGCGAGGCACAAGAAACUCUGACAGCGCUAAGAAUUGACCUCCGAUUAUAAUCGGUCAAUAAUUAUCUAGCCCGCAGUCAGUUCCUUUACUAAGUUUUCCCCGAUAUCAAAACAUGGGUAUGUACUACAUAUACGAAUUUUAUAUUAUAUUAUAUAUAUAUGAAAAAAUCUCAGGUCCUAGUAUUUCUUUAAAUUGGUGCGGAAUUAUAUUUUUUUAGCGAAUAACUAAUUUAUUAAAAUGAGGAGUUUGUAUCUUUGUGAUAAAAAGUACACAUCUUAAAAAUCACAUUUCAGCGGAUAUAAUGUCCUGCUGGAGGUACAGGAAGAUCCAGGAUAAGAUUUUAAUGAAUAACUAUGGUUUCGAAAUGAAAAAAACAAUUGGAAUUCCUAUAUCACAUUAAUAUACAAACCCUUAUUUUACUUUAGCUCUAUUCGUUUCUUUCUUUCUACUUAUUUAUUCCUUCCUGUAUAUAUUUACUUUCUUAAUUCUUCCUCUCUUCUU